AAACCAAGCACCAAAAAUGACAACAAAACUAGGUGGGAUUCCACAUGAUGUUCUCCAGGAAAUGGAAAACAAAUUUUCCUCUGAUCCUAAAAACAAACUGGCGCAAAAUGUGUGUUACACAACUAAUCCAAGACAAGUCAUGAAAAGUCAAUCAGAUCUUCAAGAUCAAGUGCAUGUAUUUAAUUGCAAGGUACCAGUGGAAGGUAAACCAAUGACGAAUCAGAAAGCUUCUGGGCGCUGCUGGAUAUUUGCUUGUAUGAAUGCCAUGAGGUGUAGUGUGAUGCCUCUAUUCAAAUGUGAUGAAUUGGAGUUUAGUCAAAAUUACCUCUUCUUCUGGGAUAAGCUGGAGCGUUGCAACUAUAAUUUGGACUCUUAUAUUGACUGUGCUCGUCGGGGGGAAACAUUUGAGGGACGACUUGUGAGCCAUCUUCUUGUUUCCCCAUCAGAAGAUGGGGGACAAUGGGAUAUGCUUGUAAACCUCAUAGAGAAAUAUGGAGUUAUUCCCAAAACUUGCUUCAAGGAUGCACAAAGUGCCCAAGAGUCAAGGGCUAUGUGUGGAGUUAUCAACAAUAAGAUGAGAGAGUUCUGCAAGAGACUGCACACAAUGGUCUCUGAAAAAGCUUCUGAUGAAGAAAUCCAGAAGGAGAAAUCUCUGAUGUUACAGCAGAUUUACACCAUUCUCUCCAUUUGUUUGGGAACUCCACCAAAGACCUUCACCUGGGAGUAUUAUGACAAGGAUAAAAAAUACCAGAAGAUUGGACCAAUAUCUCCUGUGGAAUUCUACAGAACUCAAAUCAAACCAGUGUAUAAUAUGAAGGAUAAGUUGUGCAUUGUGAAUGAUCCAAGAGCAAAGAAUCCCUAUAACAAACUUUAUACUGUGGAGUAUCUAAAUAAUAUGACUGGGGGCCAGCCUGUGUUGUAUAUAAACCAGCCCGUGGAUGUGUUAAAACAGCUCACAAAGAAGGCCCUGUCAGAAGGAGAGGCUGUCUGGUUUGGCUGUGAUGUUGGGAAGUUUUGUAGCAUAAAACCAGAUGGAGUCCUUGACCUCAAGGCACUGGAUUAUAACCUGGUGUUUGGAUUCUCCGGCCUUGGACUGGAUAAAGAGGGCCGACUUAAUUACGGGGAAUCACUGAUGUCACACGCCAUGUUGAUCACUGCUGUUCAUGUAGAAAAUGAUGGACCUACAAAAUGGAGAAUUGAAAAUUCAUGGGGUGAUGGCGAUGGUGAUAAGGGUUAUUUGGUGAUGUCAGAUGACUGGUUUUCAGAAUUUGUUUAUGAGGUUGUCAUUGACAAAAAAUACCUGACUGAGGAAAUCCUGGCUAUAGCAAAACAAUCUCCGGUCAUUCUUCCAGCCUGGGACCCGAUGGGGGCUCUAGCCAAACUCUGAUGUUGGACCAGAUUAAUGAACAGUGUAAUGAAAAAUGUUCAUUAUAAUCAAUAGUACCAAAGUCAAAUAAAAUGGCUAAGACUGAUAUAUAUACUGUAGAAUAUAUUUAUCUUUUAUAAUUUAUUUUUUCCUCACAACUUUAUUAUUGAAGAAGAAGGGGCAAUAAACCUUCAAUUUAACCUUUGAUAUACAUGUAUCUACUCAAUAGUUAUUAAGGACAGCUGAUAAAAACAAAAAAAAAUUCAUGGAUUGGUAUACAUUUUAAAGCCCUUUUUGGUUGUUAGUGAUGCAAAUAUAAAAUUUCUAAAAUAUUAAGAGAUUGUCAAUUGUUUGUGAUGUUCAAAAUUCUACCUUUCAGCAGUCACCCUUAUAAAUCUUUACAACUUUUUAUCACUUUAUAGGACAUUAUUGUGAAACUUUAAAUAAAAAAAUUAAAAUCUAUGCAGUUAAACUUAUUCAUUUUACUUAUAUAAACAUGACCUAAGUUGUUAUUUUCAUUUUUUUUUUUUUUUAGAAAGUUUGUAUCAUCUGUCCUUAAAAAUAAAAAGUGAAUGAGAUAGAAAAGUUGGUAACUUGGGUUUUCUUAUAUUUAUUUUAUGAAUACUGUAUACAGGGUUAUUUUCACCCUGUGUUAUUUUUGCCCUUUAACACUUGUAACCAAUUUUGUCGCAUUUAAAUUUUGUCCAGUCAUAUUUCUGUUGAAGAAAUUAUAGUGUGUUCUUUGAAAUCACCCUGUUUUAAAUUCGCCCACCUGUGAGUAGGGCGAAAGGGGUGAAAAUAAAACGGGGGCAAACAUUUCCCAGUAUACAGUAUUCAUUAAUGUUCCUCUCUAUGUGUAAUCAGUACUUGUCAGGUAAUUUGAUGUUGAUGCAAAUGUAUGAAAUUGUCUUUAAAUUUGAAUUAGGAAUAAAUAUUGUAAAUUGAAUUUAUAAUGAAUUUGUAGUUGAUAUAAAAAAUUAAUGUUUUUGAUUGCCAUUUACGUAUAGAAAAAGAUGAAAUGUCAUAUAGUAUUCUUUGGGAUUAAAUAGAACAGUGAUUGUAUUGAUAUGAGAUUAAAAUGUCUACUUUUCUUCCUCA